AUGGGGUGCAGUGCAGGACUGAUCGCCGUUGGGCUCGCAAGGAACCUCCUGCGAACCAUGCCCUACGGUGCACAUGCGCUGGUGGUAUCUACGGAGAUUUUGACUUGCAACUCCUAUGCAGGGAAAAAGAGAUCGAUGCAGCUGACCAACAUGCUGUUUCGCAUGGGAGGGGCCGCCGUUUUACUCUCGAAUUCAAGGGCCAAUGGUGCUCGGUUUCAGCUUCUGCACACUGUGCGGACAUCCACUGGUGCCCAGGAUAGCGCAUACCGCUGCGCUUUUCAAGAAGAAGAAGACGAGGGGAACCUAGGAGUUAAUUUGUCCAAGGAUCUUGUGGCCAUGGCUGGUGAGGCACUCAAGGCCAACAUCACCACAAUUGCCCCUCUUCUGCUUCCGGUCUCUGAGCAGUUAUCAUUUUUGCUCUCCGCCAUCGCACAAAAGGUGUUAUCAUGA